CUUAUCAACAAGCAGAUAAGUCGAACUUGAGUCAGGUGACAAUACAACAAGCUGUUUGUGUACGUAUAGUCGUUGUGUUUGUGUUGCGAACCACUUCUCUUAAACUGUAACUUUUUAUUUCACACGAUUUAAAGACAAUCAUUAUUAUCAAAAUGUCCAAAGACCGGGAACUGCAAAUGGGGAUGCGAUGUGUGAAGUAUAUGAUUUUUGUGGCGAAUUUUAUGUUUAUGUUAGUUGGACUGUUGCUGAUAUCCAUUGGAUAUACCAUUAAGGCUAUCUAUACCGAUUUCGACGCUUUUCUUAGCAAUCAUAACUACAAAGCAUCCGAUUUAGCCAUUGCUGUUGGGUUCAUUAUUCUAGUGGUUGCUUUGUUUGGUUGUGCAGGAGCAAUUAGGGAAAGUGUUCUACUGGUUAAUCUAUACGCAUUACUACUGCUUGGAAUAGUUAUCCUGGAAAUCACCAUAAGUAUCAUUGCUUACAAAUCCAGGAAUCACUUAGAAGAAACACUUUCUGAGGAUAUGUUGUUUAGUAUGAAUUAUUACACAUCCGAUACUGGGUAUAUUUGGGAUGCAACACAAUACUCGUUGCACUGCUGUGGAGUACAUGGGCCACGUGACUGGGACAAAUAUAACAACGCAGACUAUAACCUUACAGUCAUAGAGAAUUUACAAGACUCAACAGAUUCGACCUCGCCAGUACCAAACGGCCAAGGAGCUUACCAUGUACCAGACAGCUGCUGCAAAAAUAACAAAUGCCAAAAUAUUUCCUCUCUUUAUAAAAGAGGCUGCUUACCCAAGAUCCACUAUAUAAUCUCACAAAGUGCUCUGUUGCUUGGAGUUGGGGCUAUGUGCGUAACAUUCAUUCAGCUUCUCGGUGCUACAUUUGCCCAUCUUCUGGCCAGAUCAAUAAGAAAACUUAAGACACAAAUUGAAGUGGAAAGAACAAUAAGAAGACAGCAACUGUACGAGUCGCUUUCGAAAUCUAACACACUAGAGAAAGUUAGUCCAGUCCUGUACGUACCAGAGUCGUCUGAAGCUUAAGCAUUAAUGAUGUAUUUUAUUUACCAAUAAAAAUAAUAUAGAUUUAAAUAUAGAUUGAACCAUGGUUUAUUUUAUUACACUCAUUUAUAUUGUUUUAGUAUUUACAGAUAAGUUAAAUAUACGUUUUCCGUUUUUGUGUUUUCUUUACUAGGUCUAGUAUGUAGGUUCUUUAAAUGUUAAUUACAUAUUAUUUUUUAAUUAA